AUGACACAAAAGAACAUCCCAAACUUUAAGCGUGUGCUGCUCAUAUUUCUGUUGGUAAACGAAGAAGAAACCAAUCAGCCUCCAGAUGAAUCUGGGGGAGAAAGCAACACUUUCUUCGCCCUGCGGAGUUGUCACCAGUUGCUACAAAGUGAAAGUGGUGAGUUUUUCUCCCCAAACUACCUGUGCUCCAACCCUCCCCUGUGGUGCAACUGGACAAUCCAGGUGGAUCCCAGGAAGAGGAUUCAUCUCCAUCUAGAGGACUUGACACCCGAUGACAUCUGCAACCUUAAACAGGACCAAAUCCACAUUGAUGAGCCGGCUGAACACUUAGCGGGACACAAAGUCCUACAGAAGUGCUGGCAAGAGGCCAAAUACACCUCAUCCUCCAAUAUUCUGUAUGUGGUGCUACUGAUUGGUGGCUGGCCCAACCCUAUGUACAGGGGCUUUUAUGGUCGCUACCAGGCAUUUGGACCACCAGUCAUUUACAGCCCAGGGGAAAGCUUUCAGGAGACAAGUGAGGAGUCAAAAGCAUCUCCUGGGCAGAUGGAUUUCACUGAAUCUGGACCAGGUACGAAGAGUGAACAGAUGGGAUAUGAUUACUAUGAGCAACAUUUAGCAGCGAUGACUGCGCUUCCCUGGGAGCCUGAGGAGGCUACAGACACAGAAACUAGGGUGGAUGAACACAACCAUCAAUCCUUUGGAAACCACAGCAGUGUCUACCAGUUCACUGCCACGCCCACUGAGCCACUGUCCACCCAGAGGACCUUCAGAUCAGGCAGAGGGAUCACUCACAUCCAAUCAAACCAGUCUGACUUUGUUCAGCUUGCAUCUCCACAGCAGUCAGGUGACAGUCAGCAUUACAAACUGAGAAUCAGCACUCGCGCUACAACAGCAAAACACAGGGACAAGGAGGAAGCUGCUGCUGUGGGGAACGAGAGCAGAACAGUGACGGAGAACAUAACAGAGGUCAGCCAGAUCUCAGGUCAGCUUCCCUCCCCCUCUGAGAGACAAGACCCACAGCACACUAAGCAGACUCAUCCUCAGCCUAACAUGAUGGAGCCGCUGUCGGACCACAGAGGGACUUUGAACGUGAAGAACCACUCAGAGACUCCACUCUUUCCUGGUGAUCACCUCUUUGAAGUGGCUGUAGAGCUAAACUUCAGUCAGGAUUUGGAGGAGUCCUGGGACAACCUUGCCAGAUCACUGCUGCUUUCAGUAAAGGCUUUGAUCAGCAAACAGUUGGAGGCUGUGCACGCUCACUUUUCAGUGUCCUCUAAAAGAAUAAAAAGAUUGCAUGCAGGAGUGCUUUACAUCCUCUGGCUGCAAAUCAGACAGGAACCUGGAGGUCUGCGUGUCCACAGGGCCAUCCACUCUGCUCUCCAGGGGCUCAUUUCCACUGGAAUCAACUUCAGUGGAAACCUGAGAGAGGCAGUGAUCAUGUCUGUGUCAACUGCAGAUGUAAAUGAGUGUGGGACCCAACUGGUUCUAUGUGACAUCAAUGCAGAGUGUGUGAACCAGUUUGGCUCCUACUCCUGUCGUUGUCGGCCAGGCUUUCAGGAUGAGUCUCGUCUGGGAUCAGGAGGAACUCUCUGUGUGGACAUGAAGGCUGCAGGUUGCAGCUCAAGCCUGUCCACUGAAACCAAAGGUGUCUAUGUGCUUUUCUUCCUGCUCAGCUCCCUAAUCCUGGUGCUGCUGGUGGUAGCUGGCAUGCUCUACCACCGUCACCACCGGGGGAAGUUCCUGCAUCUUGAACAAAGCUACUCCAGCCCUGCUGACUCUGACCUGCCUCCCCCGCCUCCGCCUGCCCGUGGUCCCAGCACUCUCUGGGGCCACGUAAAGGAGCAACGCCAAGUCGUGGAUCUGCAGCUGUUGCGCUUCAACCUCCUUCACCCACCAGACAGCUACAUGGAUCAGCGUGUCGGUGCUCAGUGA